UAUCAUUUUAAAGAAAUUCUUUGAGAACACUAUACUCUUUCUACCCAUCUCGCAUUCUCGUCACAAUCAAUCAUUUCUAUCUUUUAUCAAUCGGACCUCUACUUGGUUUCUGAAUCAACAAUCCUCCUAAACCAGAGCUUCGCGACUGGAAUUUCAGUUUUGCCUUAUUUUUUUUAUCUAUCCAGGGAUACUAUAAAGUUUGGAGGAUGGCUGAUAAUGAGGAGAGACAGGAGAAUACUUCUGGUGGGAAUGAAUGGGAAGUUGUAUCACUUACAGCAUCUACAUAUGCUGCUGCACCUGGUCCCAAGAAUGUAGAACUAAAGAAUGACGACAAGAGUGAUGCCAAUGAGGAGAUUGAAGCAGAAAUUUCUCGUGCAUUGUUUAUGUCUGGGCAUUUUGUCUUUCCAGCGGGCGAACAUGAAAAUCUGCCACUGGAGCCUGGACCUGCCAAGAGUGAGAUUUAUAAUGAGCCUGUUGGGAAGGAUGUGGUCACUGAAGUUGAAGCUGAAGAAGGGGGUAGAUCCAGUGGAAAAGAUGACGACGAAAAUUGGACUCUUAAAAGGUUUAGUGUACAUAAUGAGUUUCCAGGAAUACAGUUUUUUGAUGAGAAGGGUAACGAGCUAUCCAUUCCUGGCACAGAGUUUGAAGAAGGGACAACUCUACCCGGAUUAAAUUUGAGUGAUAAAGAAGGGAGUAUUUGUAAUGCAGCUACAUUUGGUUCAUUUCAUAGUGAAGCGGUGUUUGGUGGAUCAACUAUGUAUGAUGAGAAUAUAGAAACUGAACAUACUGAACAUUUGGAAAAAGGCAUUGAUCUUCCUGCAGGUGCAUCAGAAGCCCUGAAGUCUGCAAAAGAUGGUAAAUGCCUUGCAUCUGACCUUCCUUGUGAAGCGUGGUGGAAGAGAAGGGCAAGUUCCUUGUAUGCUCACACAAAAGAAGCAAAUGCUUUUUGGUCCAUUCUCAUUGCAGCAGCUGUCAUGGGUCUCGUACUUAUUGGACAGCGAUGGCAGCAAGAAAGGUGGCUAGCUUUGCAGCUGAAGUGGCAACUUAGCACCAGUGAUGAGCAGAAGGCUAGCCGGAUGCUUGGCCCCAUAUAUCGCCUUAAAGAUGCCAUUGUGGGUGGCCACCGCCGUGGUUCUCUUAUCAGGAGCAGCUCUUCAAAAGAUAACUAAGAUGAUGACGAAAAAAAGAUAUGAGAGAUUGGUUGUGUCAGGUUAUUAAUACGGUAGCUUGCUGUGUGGUUCAUUCGUUCUCAUGUCAAAAAGUUGAUAAUGUUAUGCUGUUGUGUUUUAUUAUUGUUAUGGUUAGGUCACCAUACUGAGAAAGCAAAUGAACAAACUAUUGCCGCGUUUGUUAUGUAUAAAAUUAAUAUUUGCUAAGAAAAACCAAUUUGAGUAUUGAAAAUGGAAGUUGUUGGCAAACUCAA